AUGCACCAUGUGUCCCCUGCUCCAGCUCUGACCAUGAUGGCCACCCAGACAGUGCCUCCUCCUCCCUACCAAGACACCCCGCAGAUGACAGCCACAGCCCAGCAGCCCACCAAAGCCCAGCCCGUGCACCUCACCACGCCGGCGGCCGCUGCCAACGCUCCGGUGCCGGCGGCGGGCGGCGACCCCCAGGCGCAGCUGGAGGCUGACAAGAGGGCUGUCUACAGGCACCCACUGUUCCCACUGCUGACGUUGCUCUUUGAGAAGUGUGAGCAGGCGACGCAGGGCUCUGAGUGCAUCACCUCGGCCAGCUUCGAUGUCGACAUUGAGAACUUUGUCCACCAGCAGGAGCAGGAGCACAAGCCCUUCUUCAGUGACGACCCCGAGCUGGACAACCUGAUGGUGAAGGCCAUCCAGGUGCUGCGCAUCCACCUCCUGGAGCUGGAGAAGGUCAAUGAGUUGUGCAAGGACUUCUGCAACCGCUACAUCACCUGCCUCAAAACCAAGAUGCACAGUGACAACCUACUCAGGAACGACCUGGGGGGGCCCUACUCCCCCAACCCCUCCUCCAUCAGCCUCCACCCCCAGGAGAUGCUGCAGAGCUCUCCAGCAGCUCUGCCACCAGCAUCCAACCCCCCUGCAGGCAUCGUGGUGCCCGCGGCCACGCUGCCCCCGGGCAACCUGGCCAUGGGCACUGGCAGCAGCUCGCCCGCCGUGCCAGGUGGAGCCCUGUACCAGCCCGUGACGAUGGUGACGUCGCAGGGCCAGGUGCUCGCCCAAGCCAUCACCCCUGGUGCCCUGCAGAUCCCCAAUGCACAGGUGAACCUGGAUCUCACCUCCCUCCUUGAUGGUGAGGACAAGAAGUCCAAGAACAAACGGGGCGUCCUGCCCAAACACGCCACCAACAUCAUGCGCUCAUGGCUCUUCCAGCAUCUCAUGCACCCCUACCCCACAGAAGAUGAGAAGAGGCAAAUUGCUGCCCAAACCAACCUGACCCUCUUGCAAGUCAACAACUGGUUCAUAAACGCCCGGCGGCGCAUCCUGCAGCCAAUGCUCGACGCCAGCAACCCGGACCCAGCCCCCAAAGCCAAGAAAAUUAAAUCCCAGCACCGGCCCACGCAGAGGUUCUGGCCCAACUCCAUCGCUGCCGGCGUCCUGCAGCAGCAGGGUGGCAAUUCAGGGACAAAUCCUGAUGGCUCGCUCAGUAUGGACAACCUCCAACCCCUCUCCUCAGCCACUGCCACCAUGGCCAUGCAGCAGGCGAUGCUGGCAGCCCACGACGACUCCCUGGAUGGCACCGAGGAAGAGGAGGAGGAUGAGGAGGAUGAGGAUGAGAUGGAGGAGGAGGAGGAAGAGGAGGAAGAGCUGGAGGAAGAGCCUGGUGGCCUCCCGGCAGCACCUGGCGCUGACCUUGGUUUGGACCACAGUGACUCACUGGAAUAG